UACUAUAUAUAAUCAUCUCAAUUCUCAUCUCAUCCAAGAGCUAGCCAUACACAGAGAGUUGAAGUUUUUCUUCAUAUCAUUACAUUUCUUUAUCUGUAAUCACAUUUCAGAGUUUCACCAAAUAUGAAACCACAACAUAAACAUCUUCUACAACUUACACUACUUUUCAUUGUCUCUGUUUCUCUCUUCAUGUCAAAACUUUCAAGAGCUCAAACACUAACAGAACAAAAGGCUUCGAACCACUCAAUCUCUGCAGUGUUCGUGUUCGGAGACUCGACGGUCGACCCUGGAAACAACAACUACAUUGAGACGGUGUUUAAAAGUAACUUUCCGCCUUACGGGAAGGACUUUCCCAACCACAUUGCCACCGGAAGGUUUACUAAUGGCCGCCUAGUGACCGAUUGUAUUGCUUCGUAUGUAGGAAUAAAAGAGAAUGUGCCUCCGUAUUUGGAUUCAACGCUUACCAUGGAACAGCUCAUGACUGGUGUCAGUUUUGCCUCUGCUGCCUCUGGAUUGGAUCCCCUUACCCCUCAAAUAAGCGGUGUACUUUCAAUGACAAAGCAAAUGGAAUACUUUAGGGAGUACAAAGCUAGGCUUGAGAUUGGCAUUGGAAAGAAAAGAACCCAAAAUCUGAUCAAGAACGCCGCGUUCGUCAUUAGCGCCGGUACAAAUGAUUUCGUCAUCAAUUAUUUCGGUCCACCAGUUCGCCGCCAAAGCUACACCGUUUUGAGCUACCAGCAAUUCUUGAUUCAACAGCUCCUACACUUCAUUCAGGAUUUAGGGGACCAAGGGGCUCGGAAAAUCGCGAUCGUUGGCCUACCUCCAAUGGGUUGCUUGCCUGCCGUAAUCACACUUUAUUCAAAUGACUUGUUUCAUAGACGUGGUUGUAUCGAAUCAUUAUCCUCCAUCGCUAGAGAUUACAAUCGGAUGCUCCAAAAUGAAAUACUCAAAGUCAUGACUGUUGGUGGGCCCCUUAUCGUUUACGGCGACAUAUAUACACCGUUGAUCGACAUGAUCCAAGGGCGCAAAUAUGGUUUUGAGGAGGUGAACACAGGUUGUUGUGGGACAGGGUUCAUGGAAACAUCAUUUUUGUGCAAUCCCAAAUCAAUUGUAUGCCCUGAUGCCACUAAGUAUGUGUUUUGGGAUUCAAUUCAUCCAACUGAGAAGACUUACUCCAUCAUCUUCAAUUCCCUUCGUUCCACCAUUGAUUAUGUAAUAGGCAUAUAAUAAACCUCAACCAACAUUUAUAUCGCUUUUUGUCUCAUCUUUCAUUUUAUAUUUAUCUUACAUUAUCACACCAAUAUUUAGAAAAGUA